AGGCGGCGCAGGAAGGGACUCUACGGAGCUUCGUGGUGACUAAAGUGGACUUUUCCUCCCCUUGUGAUGUCUUGUUUUACGCUGGUAUGAACAUUCCUUCAGAGGAGCGCGUUUUAAUAUUUUUUUCUCAGAGACCCUCCCGUAAAAACAGGACUGAGUGACCGGGACUCUGCUGCCUCUCUCAGCCGCCUCUCCCCUCACCACCUGCGUCUCGCUCGUCGCGGACCACCCGGGGGUGACUGGACUUGUGGAGCUGCUGGAAAAAAAAAAAAACAAAAAAAAACAAAAAAAAGUUCUAAUGGGACGUUUGAGCUCAUAAUUAAAAUCUGCAGCGGCUGAGAUGCUGCCUGUGGAGUUUGAUGGUGAUUGCGGAGAUUUCAUCCCAUAGACUGAACAUCAUUUGCACUUUUUUAAAAAUAAUUUUUUGGGAUAUAUUGCUGCAUGUGGACAGCCUCCCUCACAAACUACAUCCAUCCACUUAUGAAAAACCUGAGUGUAUGAUGGAGACUCUGGCUGUCCUACUGAUUUUAUUCUCACACAGAACUUUAGCAUAUGGAUCCAGACCCAGGCUAGAGGACGCUCCACCUCGGAUCAUAGAACAUCCGUCUGACCUGAUUGUAUCAAAAGGUGAGCCGGCCACGCUCAACUGUAAGGCCGAGGGUCGGCCGUCUCCAACGGUGGAAUGGUACAAAGAUGGUGAACGUGUUGAGACGGAUCGAGAGGACCCUCGAUCUCAUCGUAUGCUCUUACCCAGCGGCUCCCUCUUCUUCCUGCGAAUCGUGCAUGGGAGACGAAGCAAACCUGAUGAAGGUGUCUAUGUAUGUGUGGCGCGCAACUACCUGGGUGAGGCAGUCAGUCGUAACGCAUCGCUGGAGGUGGCAAUUCUGCGAGAUGACUUCCGUCAAACACCCAGUGAUGUUGUCGUGGCAGCAGGUGAGCCAGCUGUCAUGGAGUGUAUCCCUCCAAGAGGACAUCCUGAACCCACCAUCUCUUGGAAGAGAAACAACAUCCGGGUCAAUGACCGAGAUGAGAGGAUAACUAUUCGAGGUGGAAAGCUGAUGAUUUCCAGCACCAGGAAGAGUGAUGCUGGAAUGUAUGUCUGCGUCGGAACCAACAUGGUUGGAGAGAAAGACAGCGAUCCUGCAGAACUGGUCGUGUUUGAGAGGCCAGUGUUUACCAAACAGCCGGUCAACCAGGUGGUGCUGGCAGACGAUACGGUGGACUUCUUCUGUGAGGUGCAUGGAGACCCGACUCCAACUGUCCGCUGGCGGAGAGAAGAGGGAGAAUUGCCCCGGGGGAGAUUUGAGAUCCGUAGUGACAGCAGUCUGCGUCUGACCCAAGUGCAUGCUGAGGAUGAAGGAACUUACACUUGUGUGUCAGAGAACAGCGUGGGAAAAGCUGAGGCCUCCGGGACCCUGCAAGUGCACGUGCCCCCUCAGAUCAUGGUCCGUCCUCGGGACCAGAUCACAGCUCCGGGUCGCACUGUGACCUUUCUCUGUGGCACCAAAGGAAACCCACCACCAGCUGUUUUCUGGCAAAAAGAAGGCAGCCAAAUCCUACUUUUCCCCAUUCAGGAGCCAUUGCAGUCGGGUCGUUUUUCUGUGUCCCUGAGUGGUGAACUGACCAUCAUGGAUGUCCAAGUUGAAGACUCCGGUUAUUACAUCUGCCAGGCCAUCAGUGUGGCCGGCAGCAUCCUGACAAAAGCUUUGCUGGAGGUGGAAAACACGCCCUCAGACCGUGUUCCACCCAUCAUCCGUCAGGGACCAGCCAAUCACACGUUACCUCCAGGUUCCACUGUUCAGCUGCACUGCCACAUUCUGGGUAACCCUGUUCCCAGCAUCCAAUGGGAGAAGGACGGGCAGAGGAUCCUGGGAAAUGACGGGCGAGUCAGCUUAAUGGAAAACGGCACCUUCCAAAUGAUCAACCUCCAGGAAACGGACUCCGGGGUGUACACCUGUGUGGCUUCCAGCUCUAGCGGGGAGACGAGCUGGAGUGGAGUGCUUACAGUCAAAGAGAGUGCUGACGUGUCGGACGCUCAGGCCAUGGAGCCUUUCCAGUUGCCAGGUCCACCACAUAAACCUAUAGUCACAGAUGUGUCCAAGAACAGUGUUAGCCUGACCUGGCAACCCAACGCGCACGAAGGAGGAGCAGCCGUCACGUCCUACAUCAUCGAAGCCUUCAGCCAAUCUGCAGGCAGCACAUGGCAGACUGUAGCAGACAUGGUUAAAAUAGAGACACACACCAUCAUGGGUCUUUUCCCAAACACAGUCUACCUUUUUAUUGUCCGCGCUGUCAAUGCCUACGGGCUGAGCGACCCGAGUCCCAUCUCUGAGCCGGUCCGCACUCAAGAUGUGAGUCCUACGGGUCAGGGAGUGGACCACAGGCAAGUGCAGAGGGAGUUGGGAGAGGUGGCCGUGCAGCUGCAGGAGCCCGUCACACUAACAACAGCUUCCAUCCGAGUAUCCUGGACCGUUGAUCGCCAAUCUCAGUACGUCCAGGGCUACCGUCUGUCCUACCGACCCAGUGGAGGAACGUGGCUCCUUCAGGACAUCAACUCUCCCUCUGAGCGCAACAUCGUCCUCACCAACCUGCUCAAAGGAACGGAGUAUGAGAUCAAGAUCCGACCUUAUUUUGACGAAUUCCAGGGCAAAGACAGUCGAACGUUGCUAAUUCGAACCCCGGAAGAAGCCCCCAGCGCGCCACCCAGAGAGAUUACAGUGGCAACAGUGAAGCAAAGCAACAGCUCCGGCAUCAGCGUCUCCUGGGAGCCUCCACCCAGCGAGACACACAACGGCAUCAUCCAGGAGUAUAAGGUUUGGUGCGUGGGCAGCGCCAACGACAGCCAGACGCGCUACUACAUCAACAGGACGGUGGACGGGAACACGCUGUCCACCGUGCUGAAGGGCGUGAUGCCCGGCGUGCUGUACCAGGUGGAGGUGGCGGCGGUAACCAGCGCUGGCGUUGGCGCUCGCAGUCAACCGGUGUCCGUCCUCAUCAAAAUGCCAUUGGAGCAGCCCUCAUUGUCAGGCGGCGGUGGGAACAAUGACAGAGGUGAAGACAGCAGUGUGAGUUUGGCUGAGCAGAUUACCGAUGUGGUGAAGCAGCCGGCGUUCAUCGCCGGGAUCGGUGGGGCCUGCUGGGUCAUCCUCAUGGGCUUUAGCAUCUGGAUUUACUGCCGGCGCAAAAAGAGAAAAGAGCUGAGCCACUACACCGCCUCCUUCGCUUACACACCAGCAGUUGGUUUCCCACAUGGAGAGGGACCAGGACUCAAUGGACGGCCUGGCGUGCUAGGAGGUAGCAUGGGGAACUACCCAUGGCUGGCAGACUCAUGGCCAACCACCAACCUUGUGCACAGCGGCAAAGAGGCCGUCACAUGCUGCACGGCCAAUCACGACACAGCAGAGAGAUACUACAAUGAAGCAGGUAUCUCCAACUACCUGAAUCAGACAGAGAAGUACAGCAUGAGCGGUUCUACCGAGGGUCCCAUCUACAGCACCAUCGAUGCCACCAGUGAGGAUCUGCACAGUUUCACGUACGCCCAACACAACACCACUCCCUAUGCCUCCACGUCCAUCGUGCCUUUCACCAGUCAGACACAGGCACCGGCUCACAGCGGUGAGCAGCUGGAUGACGGACACUGGAUCACCCAACCAGGCCCCUCUGGAUCUCAGUACGCUCAGCCGGACCGCUGCACUGGUAAACCAAAGCAAAAGGCCAUGGGAAAAGCUGUCAAGACCCCUUCUUUGACCUGGAUGGAGGCUUUGCCACCUCCUCUCCCAUGUGACGAGCUAGAACACUGUGACCAGGAUGACCAGCCUCCAGAGCAUGAGGAUAUGGACAUAGGCUCGGAUGAAGAGUGGUGUCCUCCGCUGCCAGAGAGGACAUACCUGACUGAAGGCUGUGAGGAUGGACCCUCUGCUUUCCAGAAUAAUAACGCCUCUUCUCCAACUACAUCCUAUAGUCAUCAGAGCACUGCUACGCUCACACCAUCACCCCAUGAGGAGACCAGAGCUCCCCACGACCUGCCCCGCCUCAACCAACCAGACAGCCAACAGCAGACGCGCAGACGGUUUCCCUGCGGUCCAGUGCCAGUUCCCCAGGCACCCAGUCCAACACUCACCCAAUCCAACCCCAACCUCCCUGGACAGCUGCAUCAUGGCUCAGAGUUUGGAACGCCGCAGUUCCAAAGUCCUGCCCAUCGCUGUCUCCACAGCCAGGGUGCAACUCUGAAUGACGACAACAGCGCAACAACACCUGUGCAUAACCGAUCAUCCCCCGCAGAUACGUGCACGCCUCCCAACCAAAAAUCACGAGUGAAAAAGAAGAUAUCAAAGAGUGCAGCCUACAGAAGAGACAUACAGGGAGACUUGCCUCCUCCUCCAGAGCCGCCCCCAGAGGAGGACAGGCUGCAGGGUUCGCUGGGCUCCACGGAGAUCAGCAGUGUCCCAAAUGGAACUUCAUCCUCGCUGGAGAGGAGCGAACACGUGAGCUGUAACCACCAAAGGAAGGGUUCAGCACAGAGACAUGCAGACAGUGAGGAGAUGUUGAUGUACGGUAACAAGGCAAGUUACCUGUCCAGGAGUCAGAUGUCCAGUAACUGCUCGACCACUGGAAGCUCCUCAUCCAGAGGCUCCACGGGCUCCCGGGGACUCAACUCAGCCAGGAAACACGAGGACACGAGAUAAGGACGCCACAGAUUCCACCACCUCUGAUGCCUCCAUCAUCUUUCCACAACUGACACGAUGAAGCUGAAUUAAAGCAAAAGUUUUCAAGAUGCCAGACUGUGUACCAUUGCUGUGAAAGACACAACAGACAUUACAUUUAAGAUUUUUUCUUUUCUUUUUUUUUGUAUUAUGAUUAUUUAUGAGCUCUUGAGUUGACUCUCCAAUCUGAUUUGUAAAUACCUGUGUCUGUACUGUUCCUUUGUGGGCUCUCGAUACAUGGGGAAAAGACGUAUAUUGUAUUUAUGAGGAUUAAAAGUCAAAUGUUUAAAAAAAAAAACCUGUAAUUAUUAAAAAGCUUGUGUCUUCUUGAAUGUGCCAACUUUUUUGUCAAAAUGUAUACUUUUCAGAAAAAAACAUUACUGUUGCACUCUUGUUGUGAUGACAAAAGCAACAGAAAAUAUGAAGCACAAAGUGUGUUUGUUGGUUGAGAGGGGUGGUCGGAAACGCCAAACUGAGAGGGUUCUUGCUCCCGGGAGGACUUUGGCUGGAGCGCUUACCCACAGAGAGGGAUCCCUAAACCGGUGUAGUCCACGAAGAAUGUCAGACUUUUCUACAUUUUCUUUGGUUUCAAGUGUGCCAGCAGACCGAUGGGAUUUCAGAAUGUUCGAUUGUAACCUUCCCACUGCUUCUGUUGUCCCUCCCCUUGUUUGUCUGAGGGUCUGUUUGCUGCAGUUGUGCGCUAAAAUUUGCAUAUACUCCUUUGAAAACAUAAUGUCUGUGGCCGACUCUUUUGUACUCUUGAUGUUUUGUAAAAGUACAAUAAAAUAAAUUUCCUGAA